AUGAAUUCAUCAACAAACUCGUCUGCAACUAAUGAUGAUAUGAACACCACAAUUUCAACCGAUUACAUCCAACUGCUUCUUUAUACAAUUUUCAUGAUCGUCGGACUGCCGGUCAAUAUUUCAACAUUGAUCUAUAUGUUGAAACGAUACCGACAUGCCAAAUCAUUCCUCCUUCUUCUACAUAUAAACCUCAAUGUUUCGGAUAUUUUGGUACUCGGCUUAUAUGUUCCUGGUCUUGCUGGUUGGCUCAUUACUUGGGAAUGGAAAGGCGGAAAUGUGAUGUGCAAGUUUAUGCGGUUUGUCGACGCGUUUGUGCUUGCAAUCAGUUCGAAUAUAAUGGUAUGUAUUGCUUUGUACCGCCUUUCGGCUCUUCGAUAUCCCCUUUGGGUAAAUGCCGUCGGCCACUCGCGUGUUCCGAGGAUGCUCGUCGCUGCUUGGCUCAUUGCCAUCCUCACAAUGUUGCCACAAGUAUUCGUAUGGCACGAGGCUGAAUUUUUAAACGGCAUCCGCCAAUGUGUGACAAUCUGGUCAGAGCAGCUCAUCAACGGAAUCAAUCUUACCGACAACGAAAUGAUUGAUAUGAAAUUCUACAUGCUUCAGAAUACAACAAUCAUUUUCUAUAUUCCGUUGCUUAUUCUCAUAAUCUGCUACGUCUUGAUCCUUAAAGAUAUUUACAAAACACUGAACACCGAUACAGAAUGCUCAUCGGCCAUGUACUUUUCGGAGAUGAGCCGCAAUUCCUCGAGUAAAGGGACGUGCAAGACAGGCCGGAAGGAAAUUGAAAGCAACGCAACCGUACUCAAUAGAACGAUGCGCGGUCAGGAGAAAUUCCGUCGCGCCAAAGUUCGCAGUUUGAGGAUCACAUUGCUUCUCAUCCUCACUUAUGUCAUCACAUGGCUUCCUUACAAUUUGCUCUCAUGGUGGAUUGUGCUCAACUUUGAAUCUUAUAAGCAGAAUAUUGACGCCAACUACAUCCUCAAUUCUCUUGUUAUUCUUAACAGCGUCAUCAAUCCAUUCAUAUACGGAAGGUGUCAGGGUCUACGAUUAUUGUUCAAGUGCCGAGAAAAGCUAGCAACACCAAAAAAGUCGAAAAAAAUGCUGAAUCUGCUACGAAAUUAA